GAAGACCUUUUCUCUUGUGUUUCCAUGCGACUGCUUUACUCCCUAAAUUUGUCUCUAAAAUCUCAGAAGAAUGGAAAGGCAAGUCUGUGGAAAAUGACGCUAAUCAACGGCAGUUAGUCUGGAACACGCAGAAGACAUCUGAAUAGAGGCAGGAGGAACAGGGCCGAAGCCCUGCAGGAACAGGGGACGACCUCGUUUUGUGGGACAGCUGCACAAAUCCUGCUUUCUAGAGUCAUGGUUGGGUCAACGUCUCACCACAACCGGUCGAUGGGCGCCUGCUUCUCCGUCAACCAUCCGCCUUUCCAACACAACCUCACCAUCGCCUCCGCCUACUUCUCCACCACCUUCACCGGCCUGGGGCUCAGCUCCAACCUCAUCGCCCUCCUGGUUCUGAUCCGCGCCUACCAGAGGACCCACAGCCGCUCCCGAUCUUCCUUCCUCAUCUUCCUCGCCAGCUUGGUGGUGACAGACUUCAUGGGUCUCCUGGUGACCGGCUCCAUCGUAAUCUCCUUCCACGUCACGCACUUCAACUGGGCCGAGCUGGACCCUCGGUGCCACUUCUGCAACUUCAUGGGCAUGUCCAUGGUCUUCUACGGCCUGUGUCCCCUGCUCUUGGGAGCCACGAUGGCCGUCGAGCGCUUCGUGGGCAUCAACCGGCCCUUCGCGCACUCCACCCACAUGUCCAAGAGUCGAGCUAUGUUCACGGUGCUCCUGGUGUGGGUGUUCGCUGGCUCCAUCAGCCUCCUGCCCGUGGCAGGACUGGGCAGCUACCACCUGCAGAUGCCUGGUUCCUGGUGCUUCCUGAACAUCAGCUCCCAGUCCCUUGACAUGUUCUUCUGCUUGAUCUUCUCCCUGGUGGGGCUGCUGUCGCUGACCCUCUCCUUCGUGCUGAACACGGUCAGCGUGGUAACCCUACUGAGGGUGUGUUGCGGCCCAGACUCCGCACGCCGCCAGCGCAAGCACGAGGUGGAGAUGAUGGUGCAGCUCAUCUUGAUCAUGAUCACGGCUUCCGUGUGCUGGUGCCCCCUAUUGAUUCUCAUUCUGAAGAACGCCAUCUCCGCGGAGACUGUCAGUCCCGAAAUUCUGCUGUUCUCCCUGCGCCUCGCCUGCCUGAAUCAAAUCUGCGACCCCUGGAUCUACAUCUUGUGUCAGCUGGCUCUGCGACAGCGAGAAAAGUCCAUGCGGGUCGCUCACUCCGCCACCCCCGGCUUCCUGUCCCGCAUCAAGGCCGUUUCCACGCAGACGCUGGCCGUCCCCAGGCAAUGGACGCUGCCGCCUAGAAGAGUCUCCACAGCUCCUUGACCUCUGACCUCCAUCUCUCAUCUGCUUCACCAACAGAAGCAGGUGGACGAUGAAAGGAUGUCAUGAACAGAUGAGUCGCGUUCAGUCCCGUGUCCAGAAUGUCUCAAUUAAUUUUGUCCAAAAGGUCAAUCCAUGCUUAUCUUCUCAGAUAUGUCCACCCAAAGACUUGGAGUCUUCAUUCCUUCAAGGUAGAAGCUGGAGUGACAACCUAGAGAUGCCAGAGUCACAAGACCUUCUCUGAACCCUGUCCUUUAACCUUCUUUUUUGCCACGUUUUUUGAUGGGAUCAUGUGUAGACAUGAAGGCUGACAUCCGGGGGGGAGGGGUUCAAAUGCCGAAGCACUUUGCGCUGCAGGAUUCCAGGAAGGCAGGCAGAAGAUGACAGGACAGUAAUGGGACAGGUGACAAAUCGCAGCUGGUUUUUUUUUUUUCUUUGCAUAACAUUUCCAACUUUCCGAUUUGGACACACGGACAUUGCUGCGCAAAGGUGAACACUGUUUUCAGUGGACGAGUCAUUGGUGUCGGCCUGGAGAUGAACUUUACAAAGUUUCUGCUCGGAAACUGACAUGAACCUCCCCUCUCCUUCCCUGCAAACACACUGAGGCUCCAUUGUCCACUCGUGGACGGCGGAUAAACGGCUCUGGGUUCCAUCCCAGCAUCUUUCCUGUGGAACCAUUAUACUGAAAUCCUUUUGGCUUUUUCAGAUCAUGGGGAAAUGGACUUUGAGGUUUUGUGUAUUUUUGUGAAUAACUCUGAUUUGAAACAGAUAUUCCCAGGAAACAACGGAGCCCAUUCAGUGUGUGUCACGCUACCUGGGGACGGGGCGGUUUGGGUUGUGUCCACUUGCUCAGUGCAGUGUCUGUCGAAGUGCAACACUAAACAAGCAGGCAGUCUGUUGUUUCCUUCCAUCCAUCCAUCUAUC